GUUAAGGAAUAAAUGGCAGACAUUUUGUAAAAGACUUCUAUAAAGUGUGCUCCAUUUAGCAAAAAUGGCCGAGACAUUGUGACUGACUGUGGUAGAUUUAUUGAUGAGCGCGGCAAUAUAUCGAUUCUCGUCUGCUAUGGCACCAUUUUAUUACCGCCGAAGCAGAAGAGUUACUUCGUAGAGGAGUCUCGCCUGUUUAAUUGUGAUUCCAAUGUGCUGUCUAUAUUUGUAACUGGAUACUCGCAGCUUGGAUUGGGCGAUGCGGCUUGAGUGCGACGACACAAGCCUGUAUCUAAUGUAAACAACUGGCUACAGCCCCCCACCCACCCACCCGUCAGUUCUCUGACCCGGCAAAGUGGCAUUCUCAAGGGAUAUUAUUCUUGUGUGAAUUGAGAAAGGACAUAUGCGAGUCUAGGGAGUACUUGCAGUGAAGGCGUGAAACCAAUAGCACGGAUAUAUGAGACAGACAAGAACGUGACGAAAACCAAAAUUCCAAGUCUAAGAAGACUGGCAGAGGGAACUGCGUGGUCCAAGACGUGGACGUCAUCGACUUGAAGAAUCUCACCCUCCGAUCGCUCGCCGGCGCUUUUUAAGUGAGGACAGUUUUCCUACGCUAAUAGUAUUGACAAAGUGAGUUGUGAUACCCCGCCGUACAAGGCAGCGUCUGGAUAAUCGUGUUGUUCGCAAGUUGUUUCGAUAGCGCUCUCGUUAUGGAGACGACUCCACAGCGACUGGAACUGGACAAAGUUUUAGUGUCUCGUCUUUCUUCAAAGGAGCGGACCUACACGAGCAACUGGAACAUGCGAUGAAAUGAGCUGGAUUAUCAGGCCGUGUUGUCAUCGGGAAGUCGAACAAUAACAAACACGUGGAUUUUACUGAAAUGUAUUCAUGAAUACCACUACAUUUCUGUGUGCGUAACAACAAAUAAGUUUUGAAAUUGGAAUUAAAUUUGAAUGUAUUGAUAAAAAAAUAUCAUCAUUUUUGUUUUUGUGUGUGCGUGUGUGUGCACAGCGACAAUACAAAACUUUGUGAAGUUGGAUUUAAUUCUCACGUGUGUAGACAAAGAUACCACAAAGUGGUGAUGUGUUCGUCUUUGAAAAAUGGUUCGAGAUUGUGCUGUUCAAGCUGAUUGAUUGAUGUACGUAUGGAGGGAAUGUUAAAGCAUUACUUCACGGAGAUGUUAUUCGGGUGCUAGCAGAGUGUAGUAAACAACAGCAAUAAUGUGUUACAAUGGAAUAAUUUCUUCACUUUAAUCGCACGCCCGGCAGUUUGAAUGGCUGAUAGAUCUUUCCUCGCCAGUCUUCGAGUCGCUGCCAACCUUAGGAGCAGCGGGAAAGGCGCGUUCAUCGGGGGAGGUCGGAGCGACGCAGAGACAUCCAAGAACCCUUCCAGCCCCAGAUGGAUCCCCACUACCUUUCCUAGCGGGCUGGACCCUCAAAACGACACGAUGGCCGGGGCGCCUCGUAACUAUUCGGUGAAUCAGGGCUCGGAGAAGGAUAUCACGACUCCGGAGUCCCUGAUGACGACCGUCGACUUCUUCGAGCAGUUCUCUCUGGGCGUGUCCUUCCCGUGGGACGCGUCCCCGUGCGAGCUGAACGACACGCUGUGCGAGUUCAACGUCUCCGCCAGCGCCGACUCGCCCGUCGACAACGACAACAGGUACUGGGCCAUCGUGCUCAUCAUCUUCCCGCUGUUCACGGUGUUCGGCAACACCCUCGUCGUGAUGAGCGUCGUCAAGGAGCGCAGCCUCAAGACCGCCACCAACUACUUCAUCUGCUCUCUCGCCGUCGCCGACAUCAUGGUCGCCAUCGUCGUCAUGCCGUUCGCCGUCUAUUUAGAGGUCGUGGGUGGCUGGUGGCUGAGUGAUAUUUUAUGUGACGCCUGGGUGGCUGCUGACGUCAUGGCAUGUACAUCUUCCAUUUUAAAUCUCACCGCCAUUAGUGUUGAUAGAUUUAUUGCCGUCACCCAGCCAAUAAAGUAUUCAAAGCAUAAAAAUUCUAAGCGUGUGUUCGUCAUGAUAGCAAUGACGUGGGCCAUAUCUAUCGCCAUCGCAGCGCCCAUCGCGCUGGGUGUGAACUACUCGGACAAACGCGUCCCGGGAAUCUGUUCGUUUUUCAAUUCAGACUUCCUUAUAUACUCAUCCAUGGGUUCGUUUUACAUCCCUUCGUUAAUAAUGAUAUUCCUGUAUUGGAGGAUAUACCGUGUUCUCAGGAUUCGGGCUGCCAAAGCCAGUAAGGCUAAAAAAAUGAAGACUGUUGAUAGGAAGGCGCUCCAGAGUGUCAUAGAGAACACUCAGGCCACAGCGGCUCCUCGGGAGCCCACUGUUACCACUGGGUUAGCGAGGAUGGACAACGGGAAGGCGUCCUAUAACACUAACAUAUCGCAUAAACUGGUGCCGCCUUUAGUCGACGACACGUCAGUGACAAAUAUACCGUCCGCUUCCAGUUCCCACGAGAACGAAGAGGACACGCCGCCGAACGGUGGGAGCGACCCCAAGAGUCAGCCGUCAGACGAGGGUCCUCUCCACACCGACACCGGGAACGAAAUUAUAGUCAAUCCCAUCGCGGAGGCCGUCGAGAGACAGGAAGCCGACGGUAAGAACGCAACUUCCGGUCCGUCAUUGGCGGGAGCGGAAGCCGAGACACCAUUUAACUCUCCUGGUGCUUCUAAAGAAACGAAUUCUCUUAAAAUAAAAUCUGCGUUGUGCAAAAAGAGUGUGGGUUCUAAAAACAAGGACGACAAGAAGGGUGUCACUAAGUUUAAUUUCCACAUGAGGACGAGUAGGAAAAGAAAGGAACGCUCCUCGAGUAGAAAGGAAAGAAAAGCCACCAAGACUCUAGCAAUUGUCUUAGGUGUAUUUUUGUUAUGUUGGUGGCCUUUCUUCACAAUGAACAUCAUCAGCGCCAUCUGUAUCCGGUACGACCUGGAGAGUCAUCCGGCGUGCAACAUGGACCCGCUGGUCCUGGGCAUACUCGUGUGGCUGGGCUACAUCAACAGCUUUCUCAACCCGGUCAUAUACACUAUCUUCAACCCGGAGUUCAGGAAGGCGUUCAGAAAACUGCUCAUGGAGCCCUGUAAAUAACACCGUCCUCACUCACCAACCAUCAGGGAUAACGCUGUGGUGGCCAUCUUGGUUUGCCCUGACCAAUCGCAUGGGAGGUCCUGUUGUGGUGGCCAUCUUGGUUUGUCCUGACCAAUCACAUGGGAGUUCCUGUUGUGGUGGCCAUCUUGGUUUGCCCUGACCAAUCAAAUGGGAGGUCCUGUUGUGGUGGCCAUCUUGGUUUGCCCUGACCAAUCACAUGGAAG